AUCGAUCAAUGCUACAUGGAUGCAGAGUACUAGGUGGCUGGGAGCAGCAUCCGGUCGAUUACGAUUUAAUUGUUUGUUGCUAGGUUUGAGUGGGUUUGGAUUCGGCUUGGUUUUGUUAAUUUGUUAUAAAAAGCUAGCAAUCGGCCGGCCAGCAUCCCUUGUCCUCCGCCGCUACCGUUGCUCCAAUUCUUCAAGCGCCGUAGCUAGACGCCGGCCGGGUGCCCCAGCUGCUGAUUGAUUGAUUAAUUGAUAUCUUCUUUCUAUCUACUAGCUAGCUGGACCUCUUGUCUGGAUUCUGGAGUGAUCUGAUCCCUGCCCUUGGGCCGGCUCUUCAUCCUGCCGACACAUCUACAUAUAUUAAUUCCCUUAUCUUCUUGGGCGUGCAUACUACAUUGAUCUUACACCUGAAUUCUGGUGAUUCGUUUGCCCCACGAUCGAUAAUCCAGCUACUGCAGUCGCCAAGGCAUGAAGUACAGCAAGGAAGCAAAGCCGGAGAGGGGGGCGAGCGGGCGGUCGAGAGCCGUGCCGGUGGCGCUCCUCUUCCUCCUACUCUGCGCCUUCUCCUUCUACCUCGGCGGGAUCUACAGCACCGGCCGCAGCUUGCUCGAUGUCGCCGCAAGCAAUGGCAUCAUCAGCUUCCAGCCGCCUCCUGCUGCGUCUGCCGUUGCCAUUGAAAAGGAGAGUGCUUUCCCCGUCACCACCAAGGCCGCCGUCUUCCCCGAGUGCCCCGCCGACUACCAGGACUACACCCCCUGCACGGAUCCCAAGCGGUGGCGCAAGUACGGCAACUACCGGCUGAGCUUCAUGGAGCGGCACUGCCCGCCGCCGGUGGAGCGCAAGGAGUGCCUGGUGCCGCCGCCACAGGGCUACAAGGCGCCCAUCCGGUGGCCCAAGAGCAAGGACCAGUGCUGGUACAGGAACGUCCCCUACGACUGGAUCAACAGCCAGAAGUCCAACCAGCACUGGCUGCGCAAGGAAGGCGACAGGUUCAUCUUCCCCGGCGGCGGCACCAUGUUCCCCAAUGGCGUCGGCGCCUACGCCGACCUCAUGGCGGAACUCAUCCCGGGCAUGAGGGACAGCACGGUGCGCACCGCGCUCGACACGGGAUGCGGCGUUGCCAGCUGGGGAGGCGACCUGCUAGGCCGGGACAUCCUCACGCUGUCGCUGGCGCCCAGGGACAACCACGAGGCGCAGGUGCAGUUCGCGCUCGAGCGCGGCAUCCCGGCCAUCCUCGGCAUCAUCUCCACGCAGCGCCUGCCCUUCCCGUCGGGGGCCUUCGACAUGGCGCACUGCUCCAGGUGCCUCAUCCCGUGGACGGAGUUCGGCGGCCUCUACCUGCUGGAGGUGCACCGCGUGCUCCGGCCGGGAGGGUUCUGGGCGCUGUCCGGCCCGCCCGUCAACUACGAGAACCGGUGGCACGGGUGGAACACCACCGCCGCCGCGCAGAAGGCCGACCUCGACCGCCUCAGGAGGAUGCUGGCCUCCAUGUGCUUCAAGCCCUACAGCAAGAAGGGGGACAUCGCAGUGUGGCAGAAGUCCAGCGACCCGGCAUGCUACGACAAGCUGACGCCGGUGUCCACCCCGGCCAAGUGCGACGACAGCGUCGACCCGGACGCCGCCUGGUACGUGCCCAUGCGCUCCUGCCUCACCGCGCCCAACCCGCGGUACAAGAAGCUGGCGCUGGACGCAACGCCCAAGUGGCCGCAGCGCCUCGCCGUGGCCCCCGAGCGCAUCGCCACCGUCCCCGGGAGCAGCGCCGCCGCCUUCAAGCACGACGACGGCAAGUGGAAGCUCCGGACCAAGCACUACAAGGCGCUUCUGCCGGCGCUGGGGAGCGACAAGAUCAGGAACGUGAUGGACAUGAACACGGUGUACGGAGGGUUGGCGGCCAGCCUCGUCAAGGACCCCGUCUGGGUCAUGAACGUCGUCUCCUCCUACGGGCCCAACUCGCUCGGCCUCGUCUACGACAGAGGCCUCAUCGGCACCAACCACGACUGGUGCGAGGCUUUCUCUACCUACCCCAGGACGUACGAUCUAUUGCAUCUUGAUGGUUUGUUUACUGCAGAGUCUCACAGGUGCGAGAUGAAGUUUGUACUUCUUGAGAUGGACCGUAUCCUUCGUCCGACUGGGUAUGCCAUAAUCCGCGAGAACACCUACUUCCUGGAUUCUAUAGCGACCAUCGCCAAAGGAAUGAGAUGGAACUGUGACAAGCACGACACCGAAUACAAGGCAGACAAGGAGAAGGUCCUCAUCUGCCAGAAGAAAUUUUGGUCAGGAAAGAACACCCAGCAUUGAAAACAAUAAUUAAAAAAAAACCAGUAGGAAAUACACUGGGGACCUGGUCCUGGAGGGAUCACAAGGCAUGUCAAUCCGCUCAAGGCCGGAUUUCAAGCCAUUGCUCGGCACUUCACCCUCCAGUAGACUUGAAAGCUGAUACAAAGGACAUUCCUAAUUAUUAAAUUAAAUAAUUGAGCAAUACUCAUUAUAUGUAGGUUCAAUAGUUCGUGCACUCUUCCGGUCACCACACAAUUAUUUUUUUAACAAUUAGGCGAGGUAAAGCUUGGUCAGUUAAUUGAUACCAAGAGGCAACUGUAAGUUACUUUUAUACUAUAUAUGUGUUCAUUUGUAUUAGUCAUAGCUUGUUACUAUGAUUGUAAUAAUAGGAACUGCUAUAUAUUUAUUUACAUGUUUACAGAGUAAGACACUGUUGGUUAUGUUUAUUCCUUUCCCUCGAAUCAACAAGAGUUGGCCGUGUAUUUUGCUGUUGCAAUUCAAGUACCGACCGAGUAACA